AUGAAGGACAUACUGGACUUAGAUCCAGAAGUUGCAGAAACUGAAGAGUUUGUUGAUUUUGUAGCUGGAAAGCAUCUACCAGAUGGAGGCCUCACAGUCUGUCAUAGAUAUGGUGGAUAUCAGUUUGGUUAUUGGGCAGACCAACUUGGUGAUGGUAGAGCACAUAUCCUAGGAGAGUAUAUAAACAGCAAAGGUGAGUCAUGGCAGCUGCAGCUGAAAGGGUCUGGCGAGACUCCGUACUCACGCUUCGGUGAUGGAAGGGCAGUGCUCCGCUCAUCCAUUAGGGAGAUGAUAGCUUCAGAGGCCUGCUACCAUCUUGGAAUCCCUACUACCAGGGCUGCUGCUUUGGUGGUGAGCGAUGACCACAAAGUGUGGCGAGAUAAAGACUACAGGGGCGCCGCCCGCUUGGAGCGGGCGGCCGUUGUACUAAGGCUGGCGUCCGCCUGGUACCGGCUCGGCUCUUUCGAGAUCCUGCUGAAGAGGAAAGAGCCGCACACGAUGCGGCUGCUGGCCGACUUCGUUAUCAAGCACCACUUCCCGGAUAUAGUCCCGGAUGAUCCUGACAAAUAUGUGAAGUGGUACUCAGAGGUGGCGCACAGGAACCUGGACAUGGUGGCAGCAUGGCAGGGCAUUGGCUUCGCGCACGGCGUGCUGAACACGGACAACGUGAGCGUGCUCGGCCUGACCAUAGACUACGGGCCGUACGGCUUCGUCCAGCACUACUACGAGCACUACACUCCAAACACGUCGGACGACGCCGGUCGCUACGCUUACAACAGGCAGCCCGAUAUAAUGUUAUGGAACUUGGAGAAAUUCGCCGAAGCACUGGAGCCGAUAUUGACGGACGAACAGAAGAAGAAGAUAGAGGAUGUUCGAGCUGGUCUUGGUGAAUACAUCGAGAAGAAAGUGAGGCUAGCCUUUAUCAAUAAACUCGGUCUGCUGACCUCUCGUGAUGGUGACGCCAGAUUGGUGCAGGACCUUCUGAAACUCAUGCAGCAGACCAUGGCUGAUUUUACAUCAACAUUCCGGCAGAUGGCGGAGCUGGAACUAUCUCAGUUGGUGGAUGCCACGUCGCUGGAGGGCAAAUGGUCCUUAGCGAAGCUUGGGAAGGCGUCGCAGUGGAAGGACUGGGUGAGGAGGUAUCGCCAGAGGCUGGAAGAGGAGGACGUGUCGGACGAAACCAGACGCGCCCGAAUGCUCAAGGUCAACCCAAUGUAUGUGCCGAGCAAUUGGAUACUACAGGAGGCGAUAGCUGACGCCGAGAAGAACGACUUCGCAAAGGUGCGCCUGCUGCUCAAAAUUUUCAGGAACCCUUACGAAGUAAACGAAGAAGCAGAGAAGUUAGGAUACUCAUCACAACCGCCGAGCUGGUCCUUCGGGCUGAAGCUUAGUUGUUCCAGC